CUCGGCAACGGACCAAGAUGGCGGCGCCCAGUGAGGAGCUUGCGUUUGCCCCAGGGUUUGAAAAGAAUUGGGGGGCAGUUGUUCGCUCCCCAGAAGGAACUCCGCAGAAAAUCCGGCAGCUGAUAGAUGAAGGGAUCGCCCCGGAAGAAGGAGGCGCAGAAGAGACAGAGAGAAAUCGAGAGAGGAGGAAAAGACAAAGGGGGAGAGAAAGAUAGACACCUACAGAACUGCUUCACUUCACCGCUUGCCAGGAAGGACACAUCUGCCACAUUCCAGUCAGUUAAUGGAUCCCCCCAAGCUGAACAACCUCCUUUGGAAUCUACAAGGAAAGAAGCCUUCUUUAAUAGAGUUGAAACAUUUUCUUCUUUGAAAUGGGCAGGUAAGCCCCUAGAACUGUCCCCACUCGUCUGUGCCAAGUAUGGCUGGGUCACAGUAGAAUGUGACAUGCUCAAGUGCUCCAGCUGUCAAGCUUUUCUCUGUGCCACCUUACAACCAGCUUUUGAUUUUGACAGAUAUAAGGAGCGAUGUGCUGAACUGAAGAAAGCCUUGUGUACUGCCCAUGAGAAGUUCUGUUUCUGGCCAGACAGCCCGUCUCCAGAUCGAUUCGGAAUGUUGCCAUUGGAUGAGCCGACUGUCCUUGUUAAUGAAUUCCUAGAUCGUUUUCAGAGCCUUUGUCACUUGGACCUCCAACUUCCUUCUCUGAAGCCUGAGGACUUGAAAACUAUGUGCUUAACAGAAGACAAGAUCAGUCUUCUCCUACACCUGCUUGAAGAUGAGCUUGAUGGCCAAGGCGAUGAGAAACAAACUACAACCAAACUAAGCUCAGAUAUCCAAGUCCACAUCACUGCCUGUAUUCUCUCUCUCUGCGGCUGGGCAUGCAGCUCUUCCUUAGAGCCCCUGCAACUCUCCUUGAUAACAUGUGCACAGUGUACGAGGAAGGUAGGGCUGUGGGGCUUCCAGCAGCUCGAGUCAUCCAUGACUGACCUGGAUGCAUCAUUUGGCCUGACCAGCUCCCCCAGCUCAGGACCUGAUGGGCGCUCAGAGCGCUUCCUUCUGGUGCCUGAGUCUCCUCGGAGGAUGAUGACGAGGAGCCAGGACACCACAUUUUCCCCAGGCUUGGAGCAGGCUGAAAGGAGCCCAGGCCCCAUUGUCUCCCGAUCUCGAAGCUGGGACUCUUCCAAUCCACUGGACCGUCCUGACCCAGAGGCGGCCAGCCCCACCACCAGGAGCCGCCCAGUGACCCGAAGCAUGGGAACAGGAGACACCACUGGCCUGGAAGUGCCAUCCAGCCCCCUCCGGAAAGCCAAACGAGCUCGCCUCUGCUCCUCCAGCAGCUCGGACACAUCUUCCCGAAGCUUCUUUGAUCCCACCUCUCAGCAUAGAGACUGGUGUCCAUGGGUGAACAUCACAGUUGAUGAAGAAAACAGGGAGAAUGGUGGCAGCGAGGUGGAAGCCAGCCCCCCAGCGGAGCCAGGCUGGAAGCUGGUGCUGAACCUGCUCUUGGCCCACAGACAGUCCCAUCAGCCAGCGGAUACCAACUCCUUGAACCUGUCUGAAAAAUCAAGGAAGGUAUUCCGAAUAUUCCGGCAGUGGGAAUCUCUGUGCUCAUCCUGAAGAUCUCCAGUCCUUCCUGCUGAGAAGUGGAACAUGCAACUCCGUAAAAACAAAGUGUUAGGUCUCCUUUUGGUCAGCUUUCCUCUGUUCUGGCUUAAUUCUAGAGAGUCCCUACUGUGUAGUAACAAUGAGUGUCCAGAAUUGGUUACAGGAACCCAAGGACAGGGAAGAGCCAGUAAGCCUGGCUGUGUUACCAGAGCUGGGGGCUGUGACAUAGAUGCCAAGGACUCGAGCACUUGCAAUGUCAUGAGCACAGGGCGGUAUCUCACCACUUACAUCCAAGAAAUAUAACAGCGUGUAUUAAUGAAAUGUUUGUUAAGAUUCUUAA